AUGCAAUCUCUCACGCGCUCUCUCACGCGCUCUCUCACGCACCCCCUCACGCGCUCUCUCAGACGCUCUCUCACGCGUUCCCUCACGUGCUCUCACACGUGCUCUCUCACGCGCCCUCUCACGCACGCGAUCUCUCAUGCACACUCUCACGAGCUCUCUCAUGUUCUCUCUCACGUGCUCUCUUACACGCUCACUCUCACGUGCUCUCUCACCCGCUCUCUUACACGCUCUCGCACGCACACUCAAAUGCGCACUCUCACGCGCUCCCUCACGCGCUCCCUCACGCGCUCUCUCACGCGCUCUCUUACGUGCUCUCUCACGCGCUCUCUCACGCGCACUCUCACGCGCUCUCUCACGCGCACUCUCACGCGCACUCUCACGCGCACUCUCACGCGCUCUCUCACGCGCUCUCUCACGCGCUCUCUCACGCGCUCUCUCACGCGCUCUCUCACGCGCACUCUCACGCGCUCUCUCACGCGCUCUCUCAUGUGCCCUCCCACGCUCUCGCACGCACUCUCGCACGCGCUCUCGCAUGCGCACUCUCACGCGCUCCCUCACGCGCUCUCUCACGCGCUCUCUCACGCGCUCUCUGACGCACUCUCUCACGCGCUCUCUCACGUGCUCUCUCACCCGCUCUCUCACACGCUCUCGCACGCGCUCUCGCAUGCGCACUCUCACGCGCUCCCUCACGCGCUCUCUCACGCGCUCUCUCACGCGCUCUCUGACGCACUCUCUCACGCACUCUCUCACGCGCUCUCUCACGCGCACUCUCACGCGCUCUCUCACACACUCUCUCAUGCAAUCUCUCACGGGCUCUCACGCUUUCCCCCGCGCUCCCUCUCGCGCACUCUCUUGUGCAUUCUCUCUCAUGCGCUCUCUGACGCACUCUCUCACGCACUCUCUCACGCGCUCUCUCACGCGCUCUCUCACGCGCUCUCUCACGCGCUCUCUCAUGCGAUCUCUGACGGGCACUCACGAAUUCCCCCGCGCUCCCUCUCGCGCACUCUCUUGUGCAUUCUCUCUCACGCGCUCUCUGACGCACACUCUCUCGCACACUCUCACGCACUCUCACGCGCUCUCUCACGCGCUCUCUCACGUGUUAGAGACUAA